UUGAGGCUAUGUACAUCCAAGUUGGGUAAAUGGUGUAGUAAUUACAGCAAUUAUGUGGUCCCCCCUCCCCUUUUUAAGGGACCAAAAGUAAUUGGACAAACUAACAUAAUCAUAAUUUAUAUUGUCAUUUUUAUUACAAAUCAAUGACUGCCUGAAGUCUAGAACCCACAGACAUCACCAGAUGCUGGAUUUCUUCCCUGGUGAUGCUCUGCCAAGUCUUUACUUCAGCUGUCUUCAGUUCCUGCUUGUUAUUGGGGUGUUUUGCCUUCAGCAAGUGAAAUGCUGCUCAAUUGGAUUCAGGUCAGGUGAUUGACUUGGCCAUUGCAGAACAUUCCACCUUUUUGCCUUCAAAAAGUCUUAGGGUGAAGUAUGGUUUGGCUCAGUGUCCAUCUGCAGUGUGAAGUCCUGUUCAGUGGGUUUUGACACAAUUGUCUGAAUAUAAGCAGACAGUCCUAUACACUUCAGAAUUCAACCUGCUGCCUUUGUCAGCCGUCAUAUCAUUAAUAAAUGCAACAAAACCAAUUCCACUGGCAGCCAUACAUGCCUAUACCAUAAGAUGAGGUAGUAUGCUUUUGAUCAUGAGCGUUUCAUUCCUUUCAUCAUAUUUUCUCUUCCUAUCAUUCUAGUACAAGUUGAUCUUUGUCUCCUCUGUCUCUGAUGGGUUUGAUUUGAUUUUUCAGCCUAAUGAUGGCUUACUUCACUGGCAGUGACAGCUCUUUGGACUUUAUUUUAAGAGUUAACAGCAACAGAUUCUAAAUGGAAAUGCUACACAUGAAAUUAACUCCUAGACCUUUUAUCUGCUUAGUCGUAAGUGAAAUAAUGAGGGAAUAUAACACACCUGGUCAUGGAACAGCUGAGCAGUCAAUUACUUUUAGUCCCUUAAAAAAAGGGGAGACUACAUAUUAAAAGUGCUGUAAUUCCUACGCUGUUCAUCCUAUUUGGAUGUAAAUAACCUCAAAUUAAAGCUAAAAGUCUGCCCUCAUAUUCACUGUUUAAUUUCAACUGCAAUAUAGUGUGGUAGACAACUAAAUUAACAAUAACUUCAACAAAUAUUUAUGGACCUGACUAUACACACCAGUUCUUUGUGUAGAUCAGGAUUUUUUUGUAUAUAGCAUUUUUUGCAGUAGAUGUGUGAGUUGAGUGGUUUGAAUACAGGUGUCAGUUCUCCACCUUUGAGCAGUGUCAAGAGUGGCUAAAGAGGCUUUCCUUAGUGACACGGCCACCCUCUCAGCUGGAGGAGCUUUUCUCUUUUGCUUUUCACGCCUGGUGCAUGGACUCCUACAGCAGUGAGAAGGAGCAGCACAAUGAGCUCUGCAGGCCGGGAGAUCAUGUUAUCUCGCGGUUUCACGGUGAGGUGGAACGAAUGGGCUUUGACACUCAGAAUGCGUGGAGGAUAUCAGGGAUCAAUGAUAAAUACAAGACACAGAACCCAUUGUUGUAUUUACGUUUGGAUGAAGCAUUGUACUUCAGGGCAGGCUAUGCUUAGUUACCCGCAGCUACUUGUUGUGCCAGCCUGGAUCACUGAUAAGGAGCUGGAGAACGUGGCAGCCUUCCGCUCCUGGAAAAGGUUUCCAGCUGUGGUCUACAGGCACCAGAACACGGGCGCAGUGAUAGCGCGCUGCAGCCAGCCAGAGGUGAGCUGGUGGGGCUGGAGGAAUGCAGAUGACGAGCACCUGGUGCAAUCUAUUGCCAGAGCAUGUACCGUGGACAGCAGCUCACCCAAAACAUUCAUAAAUCGCUCACUCUCCCGUGACUACCAAAAUGGGCCCGAUCUCUCAAAUGUUGACUUUGACUCCUCCAUGACAAACAGUUCGGAGGUGGAAUCCUUGGCCAUUCAACCUCAUAAGCUCCUGAUUUUGGAUGCUAGGUCUUACGCUGCUGCAGUGGCCAACAGAGCCAAAGGAGGAGGCUGUGAGUGUCCAGAAUACUACCCUAACUGUGAAGUGCUCUUCAUGGGCAUGGCUAACAUCCAUUCCAUUCGCAAGAGUUUCCAGUCUCUGCGAUUCCUCUGUGCUCAGAUGCCUGACCCUGCCAAUUCUAUAAUUCUGUUCUUCACACACACAUCCACAGACACAGGAAAUGAAGUGCUGAACAGGCUUGAAAUGGUAGAGUACACCAAAGUACACCUUUACUGGUUGUCUGCUCUGGAGAGCACUAAGUGGCUGCAACACUUGUCUCUCCUGCUGAAAGCUGCUUUAUUAGUGGUGAACGCUGUGGAUCGUGACCACAGGCCUGUGCUAGUGCAUUGCUCAGAUGGAUGGGAUCGCACACCACAGAUAGUGGCACUGUCCAAACUCUUGUUGGACCCUUAUUAUCGCACAAUAGAGGGUUUUCAAGUCCUGGUAGAGAUAGAAUGGCUGGACUUUGGUCAUAAGUUUGCUGACCGCUGCGGACAUGGAGAGAAUGCAGAGGACCUGAAUGAGCGAUGUCCAGUGUUCCUGCAGUGGCUGGACUGUGUGCACCAGCUCCAGCGACAGUUCCCCUGCUCAUUUGAGUUCAAUGAGGCCUUUUUGGUGAAGCUGGUACAGCACACAUACUCGUGUUUGUUUGGCACAUUCUUAUGUAACAGUGGGAAGGAAAGAGAAGACCAACACAUCCAGGAGAGGACCUGCUCUGUGUGGUCUCUGCUGCGCCCAGCUAACCGCUCCUUCAGCAACAUGCUCUACUCAGCACACUCAGAGACUGUUUUACACCCUGUGUGCCAUGUGCGUAACUUGAUGCUGUGGACUGCAGUGUACCUGCCCAGCUCAUGUCCCACAACACCCUAUGAUGAAUCCUGUGUCUCCUACUCUCUGUCUGGUGCCAACCCUGAACACCAGCCUUUGGUCAGGAACAGGCGUCCCAAAACCCGAUCUUUUGAUAACUUGCCCAGUGCAUGUGAAGUUGGAAAUUCCCUGCCCUCUAACAGACGUUCCAGUGACCCCAGCCUGAAUGAGAAGUGGCAAGAGCAUCGCAGAUCACUGGGACUCAACAUAGUGGCAGGACCUGAUGGCACCUUGUUACAGGACACAGAGGGGUGGCCAAAUGGCCAGUUGGUGUCUGGACUUAACAUAGCUACAGUGGAUAGGGAGACAGAGGACUGGGAGUGUUCUCAAGAUAUCAGCUGUGUAAGGUUGCCAUUGGGUGAGGGAGUGGAGGCUGAGCUUUCAGUGAACCUGGCAAUGGGACAGAUAGAGAAUAUUUUGCAAGAGGCUGCUGCAGACAGCCUCAGAGAUGCUAAAGCAGAGCAUGCUAACAAUCCUGUUAUUUCCAGUGGUGCUGAGAAUCAAAACAGCACUGAUGCUGAUUUGACUGUGGUUGAGAAAAAUGGUGUUGCCAAUGGCUUUGAGGUGCCUCAAGAUGUUUAUCCUCAAAGUCACAAUGUUGAAAGUCCAAAUGAGACAAAACUCAAUAAUGUUCAAUAUCAAAGUUCAGUGGUGAAUGAGAAAUCAUGUGAUUCAAUGAUUCAUUUACUUCAUGCCCCAGAUGAAGUGAAAGCCACUGAGAACCAGGAAUCAGUCCAGAUUGUGGAAGACGUUUUGGACAAAUGCACAACAGAGGAGGCCCGAAAUUUUCACAGCAGUUUUAAUCCUACUUACUCUCCCUCUACUGCCAUCAGGAUUUUCAGUAAUGGCUAUGGGGAAGAGGUCAACAAGGAGCACAAAGUUCUCUGUCCAGUUCCAGAAAUUACCAGGCCUGUUACAGAGGUGGCUAAGAAGCAUCUUUCUGUCCUGGAAAGCUCCACAGAAACCCUCACUGAAGAAUUGGGCAUCGGAUCAGAGACUCUUGUACCCAUGGCCAUUUCUGCACAGCCCAAAACCGAUCCCACAUGCCUCAAGCUUAGCCCUGAGUCAGAUCCUGUGCCCCAAAGUGCUCCCAGAAUGCUAAAUGGCACCUGCAAGCAACCAUCCCUCAGUGGCUUCCCUCUCUCUUUUGCUUCUGCUAAACCACUCCACUCUGUGUGUAAUAGUGACUCCUCCGACCCUGAUCCUUCCACCCCUCAACGGGCUCUUCUGAGUCGCCAGCUCUCUCUGCCCAGCUGUAGCUGCUCUGUUCAACGCUGCACGCAUUCUGGCCGCAGCCACCUUGAUGACGAUGGCCUCACACUGCACACAGAUGUUGUGCAGCAGCGCCUGCGCCAAAUCGAGGCUGGCCACCAGCUUGAGGUUGAGGCACUCAAGAGGCAGGUGCAAGAGCUGUGGAGCCGGCUGCAGAGCCAACAUGCCACCACAACACAGCACUGCCUCAACGGAGACCUGGGAGAUGAAAUGACCUCAAUUACAGACUCAGACUUUAACAUGGACCCAAACUGCCUGUCACGCUGCAGCACAGAGCUCUUCUCAGAGACCAGCUGGGAGCAAGUUGACAGACAGGACACUGAGGUGACCCGGUGGUAUCCUGAUCAUCUGGCUGCACAGUGUUAUGGCUGUGCGAGAGGAUUUUGGCUGGUCACUAGGAAGCAUCAUUGCAGAAGCAAGGAGUGUGUGGAGGAGGCCUGGAACUGUGGUAAUGUGUUUUGCACCAGCUGCUGUGAUCAGAAAAUUCCUGUGCCAAGUCAGCAGCUGUUUGAGCCAAGCCGUGUGUGUAAGGCAUGUUACAACAGCCUGCAGUCCUCUGCUCCUCCUCUGGAGCUGGAGUUUGACAAAUCCAUCACGGCCAGCUCCAACUAACCACUUCCCAACACGUUGCCUCAACAUGUACAGCAGCUGAGGGUAGAAGCUUCUGGACACUUGGGCGUAGCAGUAAGAAACUGCAAAUUUUCCCCCCCUUUUUUGCAUCUUCCGCAUCUGAUUGGGAAAUAUGGCUGUAUAUGGAGUGGAAUGUGCCUGGAGGCAAGGUAUCUGAGGAUAUUUCCGGGAAUAUUUUAAGCACUUUUGGUGGCACAUUCAUGUGACUGACUGCUGGUUUGGAUAGCUGAGACACGCACAGAUGUUUAGUGAACUGCUGGACAUAUUUCUGACGUCAGGGAUUCCCUUGGAUUCUGCUGAAAAGUUGAUUUAUUUUUGCCUUCCCUUGCCCUUGGUAUAGAAAGUAAAUCCUGCCUAGUUUCAGAGAGGGCUGUCUUGGGGUGGCCAGUUCAAUUGGAAUCAAAUUGAAGGAGUUUUAUUUGUGUUAUCAUCUCACAAAGACAUUAUUUUCACUGCUGAGAGUCUAUGGUGCUUUUUGAGUGAGACAAGUUUUGGUUCUAUUCCUAGCUUUGCUCUACCUGUUCAUUUAUUGCUGCUCUUUAUACAUGAAAUGUUUUCAACUACCAGAGACUCAGUGGUGCCUCUAUAGAUUCUUUUUGGUGAGGUCUUGACCAAAUAUUUUAGCAUACCUGGUGUUUAUUUGCAGUUCUGUUUUUUGCCCUUUUUCUUAAUUUGAUCGUUAAGAUUUUUGAGGUUACACAACAAUCCCUCCCUUGUUUAAAAGACAUUUGUCAUCAUGCAGACUGGAAAACUCAACCUAAACUGACCCUCUGUUUCAGGGCAGCUGCUCUUUUCCAACAGUUACUCUUUUUCUGCCAAGUAAUACCAGCUGAAGAGACGUGUAAAGGGCAUGUGCAUCUAUUAUGGACAUCUCUCUACCUUUGGCUACUUGUGAUGAAUUGGUGAUGCUGUUUUCCCCAGAUUGCUGAUAUUGUCAUAGCCUCAGUGAUAAGUGAAAACAGAUGCUUAAUUCUUACAGCAUACCCUCUUGUGCUUAUUUGCCACUUACCAUGUUCACUAAUAGUUUUUUGUAACAUAAUGCAAAACAAAAUAAUAUAUAAGAAUGAAAUAUAUAGCAUUUAAGGAAAAAUACAUUGUAUAGAAUUCUUGAAUAAUAGCUCACAGACUUAGUCACCAGAAAUGAUAAUUGUGUUUUUGUGGGUUCUGGCUAUUUUUGCUCCCCCCCCCACUAAGUCAACAAAAUACAAACCAGGAGGAAAAAAAGAGAAUCAUACAGGGGAAUUUUAAUUUAAAAUGCUGUCCUUCCCUGAAAAACCUGGCUGGUUUUUAACAAAUAUUCAUUAGUGACAUUUUUUUGGUUGACUUUUAUGUCAAUUUUGACAAUUCACUUGCCACAUGAAUUAUCAGUAUUUGUGAGAAGAGGUAAGUGGUGAUGCUAUAUGACCUGCCUGUGCACUGAGUGACUCCCCCAACAUACACACCCAAUAUAAUUUACACAUUUUCACAUGGCAACAUUUACACCUCUUCUUUGGUCAUUCACACAAUUAGGAUGUGAUUAUUGUGUUUUCUUCAUUAUGCAUAAUGUUUUUUCUUCAGUUUUCCAAGGUAAAUGAAGCUUAAAAUAAAUCAGCUAGUCAAACCAGUUCAGAACAAAUAAACUUUGUUCCGAGUAGCUGGGGUCAUUUGACAUGUGAAUGACUUAAUAUUAACAUCAAUCCAUGAAUGUGAAAUUUGUUUUUCAAAAAGAGAAAGUUCCUAGGUUUAUUUUCUUGCACAAUGAUAACUUUGAAAUAGACUCUCAAAGUUACAUGACAAUAAAUUUAAACAUAAAACACCAGCCCUUAUUUUCAGCUUUUUUAUUUCAGCAGUUUAUUGAUUGUUGUAUGACAAUCUUUGUAAUGUUUAAUGUCAUUCAUGUUUAAAAAAAAAAAAAUAAAAA